UGAGACUGUCAGUUGCACAAAGUCAUCAAAAUCGGGCCAUGAUUAUUAAGAUAAUUAGGAGAAGAAAACAAACCGAGUCAAAACGCCCAUAACACCCCCUUGUCUUUAAUCACUCUCCUAUCAUAUCCCUUUUGUUCCAACAUUUUCUUGCUUUUAAUAUCUACCUUUUUUCACUCUCUCUCUGGCUUCCCGGAUGACAGAAUUUUGCUAAUACUAUUUGUUUUUCAAGGCUGUGGUAACAUUGGAUGUGUUGAGUGAGCAAUGGCUUCUUGCAAAGCCCCUCACUGUGUUCUCCUGGUCUAUCUCUUUCUUUCCUUUGCUUGUCAAUGCUUUGCUAUUGGAGUUGAUGCAGACAGCUCAGUUCUGCUUGUGGAUGCUUCUGAAGCAUCAGGACGACCAAUACCCGAUACACUUUUUGGGAUAUUCUUUGAGGAGAUUAAUCAUGCAGGUGCUGGUGGGUUGUGGGCUGAGCUUGUAAGUAACAGAGGUUUUGAAGCUGGAGGCCCCAAUGUUCCUUCAAACAUUGAUCCUUGGGCUAUUAUUGGGGAUGAAUCAGUUUUAAAUGUAUCGACAGACCGUUCAUCGUUAUUUGAACGUAAUAAGAUAGCACUCCGUCUGGAUGUGCUCUGUGACAGCAAGGGUCCCAAUGCCUGCCCAGCUGGAGGUGUUGGUGUUUAUAACCCUGGAUACUGGGGAAUGAAUAUUGAACGAGGAAAAACCUACAAACUUGUUCUGUAUGUUCGGUCAUUAGGAUCAGUCGACAUCACUGUGUUGUUGACAGACUCAAGUGGGCAGAAAUUGGCAGCUGCCAAUAUUAUAGCCUCUGCUUCUGAAGUAUCAGACUGGAAAAAAUUGGAGAUUCCCUUGGAAGCCUUAGGGACUAGUCAUAACGCGAGACUUCAAUUGACAACAACCAGAAAAGGGGUGAUAUGGUUUGAUCAAGUCUCGCUCAUGCCCUUGGACACAUAUAAGGGACACGGUUUCCGAAAAGAUAUCUUCCAAAUGCUGGCAAAUUUAAAACCUAGAUUUCUCAGAUUUCCAGGUGGCUGUUUUGUUGAAGGUGACUGGCUAAGAAAUGCAUUUCGUUGGAAAGAUACAGUUGGACCAUGGGAAGAGAGACCUGGUCAUUUCGGUGAUGUUUGGUUGUACUGGACUGAUGAUGCACUUGGUUAUUAUGAGUUUCUCCAGCUGUCAGAAGACCUUGGUGCUUUGCCAGUAUGGGUUUUCAAUAAUGGUGUCAGUCACCAUGAUGAAGUUGUUAGUUCUGUUGUUAAGCCCUUUGUCCAGGAAGCCCUUGAUGGUAUUGAAUUUGCUAGAGGUCCUCCGGAUUCGAAGUGGGGUUCUCUCCGUGCUUCUAUGGGACACCCAGAACCUUUUGACUUGAGAUAUGUUGCUAUUGGGAAUGAGGACUGCGGUAAAAAGAACUACCGAGGAAAUUACCUCAAGUUCUAUGCUGCUAUAAAACGUGACUAUCCAGAUAUCAAAAUAAUAUCAAACUGUGAUGGUUCUAAUAAACCAUUGGAUCACCCUGCAGAUUUGUAUGAUUUUCAUAUUUAUACAACUGCAAACGACAUUUUCUCUAAAAAUCACAGGUUUGAUAAUGUACCACGCAAGGGUCCUAAGGCUUUUGUAAGUGAAUAUGCUGUUAAUGACAAAAGAGAUGCUGGCCGAGGAAGUUUUCUGGCAGCACUGGCUGAAGCUGGAUUUCUUAUUGGCCUUGAAAGGAACAGUGAUGUUGUGGACAUGGUGAGCUAUGCUCCACUUUUUGUGAAUGAAAAUGACCAACGAUGGAAUCCGGAUGCAAUCGUCUUUAACUCAUCCAGCCUAUAUGGAACUCCUAGCUACUGGGUGCUACGUUUCUUCACGGAAUCAAGCGGUGCAACACUUCUUAAAUCAGUACUUCAAACAAAUUUCUCUUCUUCGCUUGUUGCAUCUGCAAUUUCUUGGAAGAAUUCAGAAAAUGACAAAGACUAUAUUAGAAUAAAGGUUGUGAACUAUGGAAGCAACACCAUGAAUCUCAAGAUUUCUGUGGAUGAAUUGGAGAACUCCAUACAAGCCUCUGGCUCAAACAAGACCGUACUCAUUUCUACCAAUCUGUUGGAAGAGAACUCUUUCAGUGAGCCAGACAAGGUGGUGCCGCAGCAAAGUCCGCUUGAAAAUGCUGCUGCGAAAAUGGAUGUUGUGCUGCCUCCACGUUCUUUAACUUCAUUUGAUUUGUUAAAAGGACCAAGUUACAUCAGGAUUACUGGAGCUGACUCUUUCUCCAGAUCAUCUAUUUAAACAAACUACUGAUCGACUAUGAAAUGGAAUAACAAUUAUAAAUAUAUAUAUAAAUAUACAUGGAAUAACUUUCAUCUUGCUUGGCAAAACUGUUAUAGUUUGCUAAUGUAACAUGUCUUAAAGGGAAUCAUAUUGCUUGGUUUUCCACUUUGCUGCUUUGUAAAGCUAUGUGUAAAUUGCUAAUUUGGCCUUUAUCAGAAAGAAUAAAAUUGUAGUUCAUGAUA